AUGUCUCAAUCCGGAGUUCCUCAGAGACCUGCCGGCAGACUGAGUGCUAACGGACGACCAAUCUCGAGCCGGAGGCAGAAUCUGUCAUGCCCCCACUGCCCAACCAUCACCUACUCCAAUCCGGAGGAUCUCAGGAGUCACAUGAGAUCGCAGCAUGGCGCAGAGAAGCUGCGAUGUAAUAAGGAGAAUUGUGGGAAGGAAUUCCCCCACAAAAGCAAUCUUACUCGGCACAUAAACCUCGACCAUGCCGACCCUAACAAAGAGGUGUGUAUCGUAACUCGAAAAGAUCACCUCCGCCGUCAUACGGAGAGAUGUAGCUUCAAGCCCGAAGGGGCUGACGGAAGGCCUGUGGUGCAAACAUGCACCAAACCUGAGCUUGAGCAGAGGAAAGCUCAAUUUGAUCGAACUCGCACCUCGUCGUCGGCAGGUACUGAAGCCGACCAGGACUUACUCUUGCAAGGUCCACCUGCACCUGCGCCACUCACAGCGGCGGGCGCGCCGCAGGAGCCAGCUGGCUUGAGCCAGCACUUCAUCGCACAGAGGCCGAAUGUCUUCGGCCAGCAUUUUGUCGACCAGGGGCCAGCUAUGUAUGGCCAGCCUUUCGCUGACCAAGCGAUGUAUGGCCCGCAGUUCUUCGAACAGUGGCCUGCUGCUUAUAACCAGCAGGUCUUUGGACAAGAGCCAGCUAUAUAUAAUCACCACUUCGUCGAACAAGAUCCAGUCAUCUUCGGCCAACCGUUUACGCAACAAGCGCCAGCCACCUUCACGGAGAUGUUGUUCGCACCAGAACCGGCGGCCUUUCGUCACCAGACUGUCCAAGAAGAGCCCCAGGAGGAUUUCCUGUGGGAACCAGCUGCCUUUCUCCAGGAACCUGUUGAAGAACGCCCACCCCUCGAAGAUCUCGAGGACGCUACAGCUCCCGGAGAUGCUGCCGCUGCUGGUGACAUGCUGCUUCAGCAACCUGUCCAACAGCGCCCACUUCAUGAAGAUUCCGGGUACUUCUCAGCUUUCAACAGUCCCGAGUCUGCUGAUUUGACGUUGCCACAAUACAAUCCCACGGGCUCGGGCUUAUUCUUCUAG